AAAUCUAAAAUUUAGCCUAUCUGAGUGUAAUAGCUGAUGUACAUUAGGUUUGGUGUUAAGUAUAAACCAAAAUAAAUAGGCUAUCGAAAUAAAUUGACAGCAUUGUUGUUGUUUUUUUUUGUCGGAAAUCCUCAGAAAGUAAUUCCAGAUCCUAUCCUAUCCCUUAGCCUGCAAUAUCUGCAAUCAGUUGUCUGUUGUUCAGGCUAGAGAUUUAAAGCAUCAAGCUGAAAUCGGCAACUUCAUGUUGAUUGUCUUUGCGAUCAAUUAGAAUAAAUCCAGAUAAUCACAAAGCAUGCAUUGAAGUUUUCACUUCAUUGUCGGUGUCAUUAUUAAAUCGAUUUGUUUAAUCCAGGAGUUAGACCUUCUAGUUUUUUCUUUUCUUUUUUUUCCAUUCACUGUCCUACAGCGGAAGAAAAAUAGUCCCGGUUGCCUAUAAAACACCACACUAUUGUACUAAACCAUUUAUAUGUGUCCUAUUGUUGCAUACUAGUUAGUACAGUAGUAUUUAGUUUGGGAUACAACCCCUCUAUUCAGCCAUCUACAUCCACCGUUGGAACUGUUUAAAUCCUGCUUUAUCGAGGCCAAUAAUCAGCUGAUAAUAGUGAAAAUUUUGUAUGUGUUAAGUAUUUAUUUUAUCUGUUUUUCAAGCGUAGAGUAGCUUAGCCUACUGGCAAUAUAAUAACCAAAAGAGCAGACAAAAGAUGUGUUUGGAGGGGAUUGGGGCAAAGCCAAACCAAGGGGUUGGUGUAUUUGUUAUUAAUUCACAACAGUUAUAUCUGUUUCUUAAUAAAUUAUACUCAAUAGUUAAAGUUAUAUCAAAGUAAGGAGGUAAACUGUAAAUAAAUAAAACUUGUCACUCGGCCAUAGCAGCAAGGUUGUGUGCGGCUUUCUGGUUUGUCUCACACAAACUCGAGGCGCAUCACUACCUCCGUGGAGCUGGCGGAGGGAUACACUUUUUUAACGUCAUCGGUGUGCUUAGGCUCUCGCCAAGGCAAAAAUGUCUGCCUAAGGGAAACUCGCAACUUACCCAGAGUGGAUAUUUUGCAAAAAAAAUUUAAUUACCCAGAUAUCGACUUCGCUGUCCUUCAGACGCGAAUUAGAGAAAGCUACACUCCCAUUGCCACACCGACCGCCCCUAGUCGGAUUUUAAACACGAAAAAAGGUAAAAUUAUUGCAGCGAGUUUGCAAAGGUUUGGGACUGGCUGAAAGAAGUUGGGAUACAGAAAGACUGGAGCUGUUAUGGACUGAAUGAGUUGUAGGAUCGUAAGGAUGAAUCCUCAGCAGCGGAUCGCCGCUAUCGGGACGGAUAAGGAGCUGAGUGACCUGCUGGAUUUUAGCGCGAUGUUUUCUCCGCCGGUGAACAGUGGGAAAAACAGGCCGACGACUCUAGGGAGCAGCCAGUUCAGUGCAUCAGGUAUAGAUGAGAGGACAACCGAGGCGCCUUGGGCCGCAGGUGGCCAGUCCAGCCCUUCCUAUGACGAGUCCUCCAGGGGUUUCUCAGACAGCCCUCAUUAUGGUGAUCACUUGAGUGACAGUCGAUUAGUGUCCCAUGAAGGAUUGUCCCCGACACCUUUCAUGAGCUCCAGCAUAAUGGGUAAAUCUGAGAGACCUCCAUUUUCUGCAUAUGGGAGAGAGCCAGGUGUCUCUGGAUGUCAGUCCUCUCUGCGGUCGGACAUGGGGUUGUCCAGCCCAGGACCUGUGACCACAGCUGGAAAGUCACCAGCUCCUUUUUACUCCUUCACAGGCUCCAAUCCACGAAGGCGCUCUCUCCAGGACCCUUCUCCUCUGGAUCCUCUACAAGCAAAGAAAGUACGCAAGGUUCCCCCUGGCCUGCCAUCGUCUGUGUAUGCACCAUCCCCGAACUCGGACGACUUCAACAGAGAGUCUCCUUCCUAUCCUUCCUCCAAACCUCCCAGCAGUAUGUUUGCAAGCACUUUUUUCGACGCAACCCACAACUCCUCUGACCCAUGGAACUCGUCCAAUGGUAUAAGCCAGCCGGCUUAUGGGGGAAUGCUGGGAGGAUCUUCAUCUCACAUGCCACAGUCUGGAAACUACAGCAGCCUGCACUCUCAUGACCGCCUGAACUACCCCCCACACUCGGUGUCCCCCACAGACAUCAAUGCCAGCCUGCCGCCUAUGUCCAGCUUCCACCGCAGCACCGCUAGCAGCUCACCCUUCGUCACCGCAUCACACACCCCACCCGUCAACACCACAGAGGGAGUUAUGGCUGCAGCCAACAGAGGUAACGCAACUGGAAGUUCUCAGACUGGAGAUGCACUGGGGAAAGCGCUCGCCUCGAUUUACUCUCCUGACCACACCAGCAGUAGUUUCCCCUCGAACCCGUCAACCCCGGUGGGCUCACCCUCUCCGCUCACAGCCCAAGCGGGCGCCGCCUCAGCAGGUACAGUGGUGACAGCGAGUGGCCCACCUGGAAGGGCAGGUACUACCCAGUGGCCCCGUGCAGCCGGACAGACCCCGUCUUCCCCGAGUUAUGAGAACUCUCUCCACUCUCUGAAAAAUCGUGUGCAUCAGCAGCUGCAUGAGCAUCUCCAGGAUGCCAUGUCCUUCUUAAAGGAUGUCUGUGAGUCUCGGAUGGAGGAUCGUUUGGACAGACUAGAUGAUGCGAUCCAUGUCCUCCGGAACCACGCCGUAGGUUCUACCGCCUCUCUGCCCAGUGACAUCCACAGUUUGCUGGGACAGACACACAACGGACCAAUCACAGCCAUCGGCACCAACUUCCCCACGUCCGGAUUGGUCACCAGCAGGACAGCAUCUAUGGGUCCUGCUCAUCGUGAAGAGACAGCCAGUCUGAACGCGAACCACACAGGGCUGCAGAGCACCCCCGGGCCGGCCUCUAGCGCCGAGCUCAAUCACCAGGCUGACACUUUCAGAGGUUCCCAGUCUUUUGCUCUCAAAUGCCUCUCUGGUAGCCUGGCAUCUCAGGUGGCUUCAGCUCUGGAGCUUAAAAUUGAGAAUCAGGACAAAGACGACAUGCAUGAUAACCACUCAUCUGAUGACAUCAAGUCUGAUGACGAGAGUGAUAAAAGGGACAUUAAGACGCCUAGAGGAGGGACUCGAACAAGCAGCAUUAAUGAGGACGAGGACCUGAACCCGGAGCAGAAGGCGGAGCGUGAACGUGAGAGGAGAAUGGCCAACAACGCACGAGAGCGGCUGAGAGUGAGAGACAUCAACGAGGCGUUUAAGGAGCUGGGCCGCAUGUGCCAGCUGCACUUGAAGAGUGAGAAGCCCCAGACCAAACUGCUCAUCCUGCACCAGGCCGUUGCAGUCAUCCUCAGCCUGGAGCAGCAAGUCAGGGAGCGGAACCUUAACCCCAAAGCAGCCUGCCUUAAGAGGAGAGAGGAGGAGAAGGUUUCUGGUGUUUCGGGGGAACCGCAGCAGACUCAUCCAUCCGUUCACCCCGGGCUUACAGACACAUCCAACCCCAUGGGCCAUUUGUGAGCACUAGGCAGAUCAAAGUGAUGCAGAGGGAGUGUGUAAGAUUGCAUUGGUGACCUUGCUAUCCAAGGGCAGACAGGACUCACAGCUUGUGACACAAAUUUGAAAAGACAGACAGAGACCACUCCAAGCUAAAUUCCAGUCAAGCGACCCUGAGCUCGAAGAAAACUGGCAAACGCCGAACUUCCUCCAAAGUCCAAAAUUGUAUAGCAAAUUUCUGCCCACGAGAAACAUUCUCACAAAAACCCGAAAGCCCUUCAGCACAUAUCACUGUCUGCAAAGCAGUGUGUCACAUCUGUACAAUCAGAGACUGUCGCAGUCCCCCUCCACCCUCCAUGUGGAAGUUGCAUUGUGCCUAAACUGAAUUGACGAAUGCAUUGUAACAGCAAUUGUUUUUCUUUUUUUUUGUUGUUGUUUUUUUUGUUCGUUUUUUUUUUUUUUUUUUUGUUAUUGUUUUUUUUUUCUAUUUAUUAUGUUACUGAACUAUAAAGUCUAUGUUUAAAGGGAAAGUUAUGACAUUGCUUUAAGAAGCUGUUUGGCAUUUCAGUAGAUCUUCAGUUUGCCGAGCUCUGAGUGAUUCUGCUGGAGCAACACUGUGGAAAUGAUGCUCUGGGCCACAUCACAGAUUUAAAGCAUCCAACUAGGAUAAGAGCCUCUCAUGUCUGUGGCGUUUUUGAAAUGAUCAAAGUCUCAAAUGUCCUCCCCUUUGUUUGUCUAGGAAAAAAAAAAAGAAUAAGAAAUAAUAUAUUAUUUAUAUUUAUGAUAGAUUCAUUCCACGAACAACAGCAUGAGAAACCAAAACUACCUAAUGAUGCAUGUUUAGUUGAGACUCCAGGAACGCAGACUGUUUAGUGUAGUGGAGAGACGAGCGUGUUUUUUUGCUCCUUCCUCUGUCCUGCAGAUGCAAGGCCCAGAUGGCAAACUGGAGCUUUACUGAAAGGUCAGAGGUCAACCACAGGCUGACAUGUUUAUAGUCAUUAGUAAGUAGUUCAAGUACAGAGAGCAGACCAUUUACUAAACCCUAGCAUUCCCUGCAUACUUCAUAGUGUCUUAACCGAAGGAAAGAAGGACUUCUCACGAGUUCCUUUGAAUUCUUCAGCCAUAUAGUGUUAAAUGGGAAGAAAAUGGCAGAUUUCCAUUUAUUGCAGUUUGUUGGUUUUUCUGAUCUUACAUUAUUUGGUCUCUGCUUAGUUGAACAGCAGUGGUCUUCUAUGCUUAGCCUCAAGCUGAGAAAUUAGACAUAGCUAAUAUCAGACAGAGUAGACUCAAAACGAUGACCACAGCAUCACCUGGCCUGAAUUGAAGUUUUGCUUGAUUUUCUUUCUGUCUAAAACCAGUAACAUAUAAAAAAAAAAAAAAAAAAAGACAAAAAUCACAAAAAAAAUCAUUACUCUAAGUAACCACAUCGUUAUAUGUUUAUUUGUAAUUGUAUACAAAGCAUCUUUCUAGGCUUCAUAGUAAAGCGUAUAUUGUCCUGUGUGAAAAUAGAAGAAAGAUAUUCUAAGUUACUUAGGAUGGAUUUGUCUCUCCCCCAAAGCAGUGAA